AUGAGAGUUCCUCGAAGCCUUGAGGUAUGGAAGAUGGGUGUUGUCAAUUACUUGGAGGCACUUAAGCUCCAAGAGAAACUGACGUCCGAUAGGAAAAUACAAAAGAUUACAGAUACUCUGCUUUCACUACAACAUCCACCUACGUAUACUCUUGGGAAAAGGCGAACUGUUCACAAUUUGUUGGUUCCCGAGUCUGAACUUAAAGCCAUGGGGGCAGAACUUCACUACACACAACGGGGAGGUGACAUUACAUUUCACGGUCCACACCAGGCUGUCUUGUAUCCCAUCAUUUCUUUGAGGGAUGUGGGGCUUGGGGCUAGAAAGUACGUGGAGAACCUCGAAUUAAUAAUGAUUGAAUUGGCAUCUCUUUAUGGUGUUAAAGCUUGUGCAGGCCCAAAAGGUGAAACCGGAGUUUGGGUUGGCGAGAGAAAGAUUGGUGCAAUUGGGGUCAAAAUUUCCUGUGGAAUUACUUCUCAUGGUUUGGCGUUUAAUAUAAAUCCAGAUUUGAACUACUUCAAGCAUAUCGUGCCAUGUGGGAUUGCAGAUAAAGAUGUCACCUCUUUGCAGAAAGAAGCAGAACAAGUUCUUCCUCCCGAAGAAGCGAUUCAGGACCAGUUGAUUGCAUGUUUUUUAAGAAUAUUUGGCUAUACCAAUGUUAUUUGGAAGGAUAUUACAUCAAUUUCCUCGUAUAACCUUGAAAACGGAGACAUACACAUUAUUUGA